UCAUGUUCAGAUCUAAAAAAAAACAAAAAAAACACGAAUACUUUUUGGGAGAAGUUGAAGCCGUCCUGGUUUCGUGCGGACAGCUGGCACAAUGGAAACUUGGAAAGCGCGUCGGAGCCAACAGCUGCUGGAAAUCACGGGCAGGUUUAGCUAGCUACCUCGAAGGCUUUGUGUAUGUUUGAAGUAAAAGCUUAAAAACUAUGUCUGGGUGAAUGAAACAAGAAGGAUCAACAUUAUAUUCGCAGGGAUGUGUAGGCCUAUGUUACUGCCUCUACCUAAUUAGAAGGCUAGCCCAUUAGGUAUGGCGUUGCAUAACAGCGACUAUGUGGGACUCCGUAGUCAUAAAUAGAACGGCAGUAGCCUACUUGGGGCCAUCCGGCUCUCCACAUAUCCCUCAUUUCAAUAAAAAAUGAGCGCAGUGGAGAAGGAUCAAAGAGGGUAGGCGUGUAUUGCCCAAAAGCCAGCAGUUAUCCUGGGCCCACCGACAGCCUUUGUCGUGCGUGGCGAGAAUUAAUUGAAGACUUUGUACUUUUCCAGGACCGGCUUAUUUUUCUUGGCACCCGUCUCCAAAUGCGAGUGACUCCCUACUCCUGACAUUUGUGCAUCACCCCGGGGUGCUUGCGUCACCCGACUCAGUUUUCUCUUUUUUGGGGUCAGCAGGAAAGAGCGCUGAUGUGAGCUGUUAUACAGUACCUUGUGCAGGCUUUUGUAGAUCACCUGUAGCUGUAGUGUGUGUGUGUUACAUCUAAUCAAUUGGGCUACUGUUGGGCUUUCCAAUGAAGGGAAGAGAUUAUUGGUUAAUUUGAAAGUUGUCUGUAGGUGUCAUGAUAAACGUGCAUGGAAACUGUCAUUUACGCAAUGUAGUCAACCCACAAAUUGCACAGUAAGAACACAUAGUUCAGCUCAGCUGGUGCAUGAGAAGAGAUGUUUUUUUUCUGGCUCGCUGACGCAUACCCCCCUCCUCAGAGAGCAUCAGCUUCUGAUUCGCUCCUAUGCUCGACAGGGGACAGCGCUUGAAUGGCCGCCGAUUGAAACACAGAACACUCCCACUCACGGGUAGUAUGUACGUCACGUUACCCCCCUGACAAAGUCAACGCAGAAGCCUAAUUAGCAUGCGUUGUCGCCGCCCCCGUGUGCAUAUAAACUUGGAGACGCACAACUAGAGUUCAGUUAGAGCUAUUGAAUAGUUUGGGAAGCCAUCCAGCUGUGGAAAACUACAGCCAUGACAAUCAGCACAGACAGUGGAGCUCCCGAAAUUACUUACUCCAAAACGCGAGGAGUGGUGGCAGUCUUUAGCGCUUUUAUGAAACAGAGAAGAAUGGGGCUAAACGAUUUCAUUCAGAAGCUUGCCGCAAACUCCUAUGCAUGCAAGCACCCAGAGGUGCAGUCCAUGCUAAACCUGACCCCCCCUCAGGAUCCAGAACUCAUGAACAGCAACCCCUCCCCUCCACCCAGUCCCUCGCAGCAGAUUAACCUGGGCCCCUCGUCUAAUCCCACUGCCAAGCCCUCGGACUUCAACUUCCUCAAGGUCAUCGGCAAGGGCAGCUUCGGCAAGGUCCUGCUAGCGCGACACCGCAGCGAUGACAAGUUCUACGCUGUCAAAGUCCUGCAGAAGAAGGCCAUCCUGAAGAAGAAAGAGGAGAAGCACAUUAUGUCAGAACGGAAUGUCCUCCUGAAGAAUGUGAAGCACCCGUUCCUGGUGGGGCUCCACUACUCCUUCCAGACCACAGACAAACUGUACUUCGUCCUGGACUACAUCAACGGAGGAGAGCUGUUCUACCAUCUGCAGAGGGAGCGGUGCUUCCUGGAGCCGCGCGCGCGGUUCUACGCGGCGGAGAUCGCCAGCGCGCUGGGCUACUUGCACUCGCUUAACAUCGUGUACCGCGACCUCAAGCCAGAGAACAUCCUGCUGGACUCGCAAGGCCACAUCAUUCUCACCGAUUUCGGCCUCUGCAAAGAGAACAUCGAGCCCAACGGAACCACGUCCACAUUCUGCGGCACGCCAGAGUAUCUGGCGCCGGAGGUGUUACACAAGCAGCCGUAUGACCGGACAGUGGACUGGUGGUGUCUCGGUGCUGUGCUCUACGAGAUGCUCUACGGCCUGCCGCCUUUCUACAGUCGCAACACGGCAGAGAUGUACGAUAACAUCCUGAACAAGCCCCUACAGCUAAAGCCUAACAUCUCCAACGCAGCGCGCCACCUACUGGAGGGACUUCUACAGAAGGACCGCACCAAGAGGAUCGGCUGCACAGACGACUUUACUGAAAUCAAGAACCACAUGUUUUUCUCCCCAAUCAACUGGGACGACCUGAACGGCAAGAAGAUCACCCCUCCCUUUAACCCUAACGUGACGGGCCCAAGUGACCUUCGGCACUUUGACCCUGAGUUCACCGACGAGCCCGUGUCCAGCUCCAUCGGCUGCUCGCCGGACAGCUCGCUGGUGACGGCCAGCAUCAAGGAGGCGGCCGAGGCCUUCCUGGGCUUCUCCUACGCGCCCGCCAUGGACUCCUACCUGUAGCACGUCAACUCUCUCUCUCUCAUACACACACACACACACACACAGGUGGACCUGUAUCCCCACACCACCAACGGACUCCCCCUUGCUUGUAGCGCCUCCCUCUGCCAUUGGAACCGAUUGCAUCCCUGCAUUGAGAAAACGACCAUUCCUUUGGAUAAUGGACUACUAACUAAUGCCCAUCGGAACCCUUCUGAAUGCCCCCCCCCCCCGUCCUUGGAAUGAAGAUAUUUGCACAUGGCUUUAGGCAGCUCAGCAGGCUCUCUUGGCCAAUAAGGACCUUUAAACAGAACAACUGAGAGAACUCUCAUCAUCAUCAUCAUCAUUAUCAUCAUUUCCUGAUUGUCAAGAUUAUCAUCAUCACCAUGGUUACCCCUUUUCGUAGGAUCCUGUGAUGCCUCUGUAGAAUGUCACCAUAUCCAAUGGAGGGAGGAAUAGAAGGAUGAACAGAUGAAUAGAUGAUAGAGAGAUUAUCAAGAGGAGAGAAACUGUGCUAGUGUUUUUUUCUGGUUUUAUUUAUUUUGUGUCUAAUUAGUUUGCCUGUUUUUUGUCCAAGAGUGAGGUGGAUGGCCGGAGUGUUAGUGUUACAGAGGUGUGUGUGUAAUGUGUGUGUGUGUGUGUGUGUGUGUGUGUGUGUGUGUGUGUGUGCGUGUGUGUCUGA